CUGCAACUGUGCAAGGAGACGAUAAGCAGAUUAGGGCGGCUUUUUUCUGCUAAUCAGACAAGAGAGGAUAUUUUCGCAGCCAACCUCAAAAACCUUUUGUUUCAGAGCUAAGAUGGGGAGAUGAUCAAUCUACCACCGCGACACCAUCUCUCAACUUCGCGAGAGAUUAACUUGUUCAUGCAAAUCGCAGUUUAAACCUUAGCUGUGAUGGAGGCUGAUGAGGAAGGCAGUUUAUCUGCCGAUGAUGAGUCAUGGACUGGAGCUCAUCAAGCAACAAUAGAGCCUCUGAAGUCAAAUCCAGAGCUGUCCAAAGGAAAUGCCCCCGUAUCUUCUCAUCCUAUUGAAAAGGGUAACUCAUCUGACCUGGUAUCACGCACACGAAUACGCCGUGCAAGAGAAGCAGUACAGCUGUCCAGAGGCUUAGAUAAGUCAUGGACUGGAGAUCAUCAAUCAAAACCUCUGAUGUUCGGAAAGCCUCCACGGCUGAUACGAAAAGCUAAGGCUUUGGUAAGGAUGAAGGACUUGUUCCAUCUUGUCUUAUCAUACCUUAUCACAGAUUCUACCAAGAAUUAUGGGGACCUUAGUCUUCAAAGCAAAUGUUUCUCCAAAAUGAACCAACUCGCCAGAGAAUUGCAGGCUUUGGUAUCAGAUGUUGAUAAUGUAAAAUUCAUAGAGGAAUUAGGGGGGUUGGUCAGUAAGGGAAAACACUUGGAGGAAUUAGAUAGGUUGAUGAAAGAGAUUGAGCACAAUCUUCAGGCAGCUGAAAAAAUAGUGGCCAAGUAUUAUGUUCGUGUAGCAGCUUAUAUACCUCAAGGAUAUUUUUUAAGUUCACAUAUGGGGCAGAGGGGCGAGUUUGGGCUAACGCGUAAAACCAGUGCUGCAUGUGAAGCCCCAGACGAAUUGUUGACUUUGGCCAUCAAUUCUGCUAUUCGUCAGGUUUCGGUGUAUGUUAAGGCAGAAAGAUUUCUAAAAAUCGGGAUUUCAGGGAGCGGAGGGGAGGAAGUAGCCAGAGCAGUCAUGGAUAUAGCAAAGAUGAGACAGAAUUGCAGUGUUGUCCUCCGCAUCUCUGUCUGUGGACAUGACCGCGAUAAAGAGGUAAGGCAGAAAAUUGCGGAGCAGAUUCACGUACUUCAACAAAUUGAUCAAAUCUUCAGUUUUUCGCUAGAUCAGUUACUACCUCACAACUUCUUCCUGCUUGUGGAAUGCCUCGAUGGACAGAUGGAUCUACAUGACUUAAGACUCCCUCAUCAUGGAAUCUUAGUACUUAUGACUCUAUCACAAGAAGUAUAUAAGAUCAUGGAUGUGGAUCUGGAGGUCAGAAUGGAGGACCAUCUGCUACCGUGGGACCUAUUCUGUGAGAAUGUGGGGCGAUCACAUGUUGAUUCUUCUUCAGCUCUCCAACAAAUGGCCAUCCAGUUAGUAAAAGAGUGCCAUUGCCACCUACUUGCCAUCAUUCUUCUUGCUAGAGCCUUGAAACAUGUGACUGAUAUCAGUGUUUGGGAACUUGCACUCCAGAAAUUAUCGUCACACUCGUCUGCAAUGGAAGAAGGAUCGAGCCAAGUCAUGAAACAUGUGUUGGAACUCGUCUGGGAUCAGAAGGAUCUAACAACAAAAUAUUGCAUUCAGUAUUGCAUAAGUAGAUGGAAACAGGGAUGGGACGGAUAUUCACCGGUAUCAGAAUGGAUAUCAAGUUACAUAGUCGAAACAAAGGCAGAAGGGAAAGGCAUUUUGAAGGAUCUUAUCAGUUCCUUCUUGCUAGAGAAUGAUCGCUACCAUGUUUUCAUGCGGAAAGAAACUAAAGUUGUGCUGAAUGAGUAUUUCACAUCCUAUCUGCCUAGUCUUUCUAUAAGGCGAGGGGGGUUUGGAUUGACCAAGACACCAACCGUUGAAAAGUAUACCAAGGUGAUUGAGUUGCACGACAAUGAAUUAUCUGAGCUACCAGACAACCCUAAGUGGCCGGCUCUUAGAAAACUAUGGUUACAGAACAACUACAGUCUGAUAGAAGUACCUGAAUUGUUUUUUGAAGACAUGCCUCUCCUAGUCUGUUUAGAUUUAUCCCAUACAGGAAUAAAGUCCUUGCCUCCAUCUAUUUCCAGAUUGGUUUCACUUCAGAGGUUCUAUUUGAGAGGUUGCGAACUUUUCAAUGAGCUGCCACCCCAUAUUGGAGCACUCCAAAAACUUGAGGUUUUUGAUCUUGAAGGAACUGAAAUCAUGUAUUUGCCCAGGGAAAUCGGUGAAUUAAUCAGUUUGAGACGCUUCAAGGUAUCUCUUUGUAGACAUGCAAACUACCACGGAGAAACAAAGCAGACAGGCAUUGCAAUCCCAACAGAGGUGUUAUCAUUAUUCCCUCAAUUGGAAGAACUAAGCAUUGAUGUGACCCCAGAAGGUGAGUGGUGGGAUGACGAGGUAAAUCCAGAUAGUGAAUGGUGGGAUACUGAAUUGAAGGCAAUACUAAAUGCACUGAGUAGCUCAAACAAGUUGAAAAUCCUCAGUUUAUAUCUCCCAUCAUUUGAAUUAUUGCAGCAAAUCAUGUUUCAAGACCUUAUUGAUUUUAGAUUCAUAGUUGGUCAUCGUCCACAGCGCAUCAUAUAUCGUCUACCAAAUGCACUUGAGGAGAGAUUCAAUAGAUGGGGGAAGAAAUUUAAGAAAUGGUUUAAAUAUAUAAAUGGUGAAGGCAUGCCUAGUGCUAUUAUUGGGGCACUCAAGCAUGCUUCUGUGCUUUUCCUGGACCGGCAUUGGACUGUCAAGGUCUUGUCUGAAUUUGGGCAUGAAAAUUUGGCUAACCUUGAAUGUUGCUUGCUUGUGGAAUGUAAUGAACUUCAAACCAUAGUAGAUGGAGACUAUGAAUGUCCAUCCGGUGUUGACAAGAAACCAAUAUUCGAAGGGCUACACCACUUGAGUAUUCACUACAUGAAGAACUUAGAGAGCAUUUGGCAAGGCUCAAUCCCUGAGGAUUCACUAUUCAAUCUAAGGUCCUUGACAUUGCACACUUGCCCAAAUUUGACCACCAUUUUCACGCCAGACAUGCUUGGUAACCUCUUUUGGUUGGAAGAGCUUAUAGUGGAAGACUGCCCCAAAAUUGGCAGUAUAGUGACUCAAGAAGAUGCCAACGUGCAAUCAGGUCAUUUUUUGCGAUACUUGAAGAAGAUAGCACUCCUUGACCUCCCUCAAUUGGUUACCAUUUCAGGCCCUCUAUGCCUUGGUGAAGAAGUGGACAUUCUUUUCGUUUAUAGUUGUCUGAUGCUCAAAAGUUUGGAUACCGCGGAAACAUAUCCAAAAUACUGCAAGAUCGUAGGAGAGAAGGAAUGGUGGGAGUCAUUAAAGUGGCAUGAUUCCGAACGGAGCAGAAUGACUCAGCCAGCUUUUGAGCAACUUAGAACGGAUGAAGAUUUCAUUAAUAAAUUCAUAAGAGAUGCAUACUCGCCGAUGGACUAUGACUCUGAUUAGGCAGAUUCUGGGAAAAGGCCAUGGAGAUCUUAAGCUGAGGAACUGUUGCUGCUGGCCUACUGCUGAAUAUAUCAGUAAAUCUUCAAGCAGAAAUUGUCAAUUAAGUUAUGAACUAGUUGCUGUUUUCCAAAGUGUCUUUGCACUCAUUGGGAUGUAAUGCUUUUAAGUUUUAUCACUGGGUCCUUGUGGAUGCGUCUGCGAUAACAAUUAUGUUGAGUGCUGUUUGUGUUCUUGUUGUUGACUUCUUGUUCUUUUACCAUUUUCAAAUCUAUGUUCCGUUUAAUUUAAUUUACUUCCUGGAGUAA